UAGGCGUGUCUUUGGGGUAUGGGCGGAUUUUUUUUAUUUUUAUAAUUGCUGGUUGUGGAAAAAUGUCUUCAGUGCCUGAUGGCAAGAAAUUGGUUCGAAGCCCAAGUGGACUUCGAAUGGUCCCGGAGAAUGGAGCGUUUAACAGCCCUUUUUCGUUAGAUGAACCUCAGUGGGUCCCGGACAAAGAGUGCCCAAGCUGUAUGCAGUGCACCAAAAAAUUUGACUUCCUUACAAGAAAGCACCACUGCCGGCGGUGUGGCCGGUGUUUUUGUGAUAAGUGCUGCAGUAAGAAGGUGACUCUUCCCCGGAUGUGCUUCGUUGACCCGGUCCGGCAGUGUGGAGAGUGCAGCCGGGUCUCCCAGAAGGAAAUGGAGUUCUAUGACAAACAGCUUAAAGUGCUUAUGGGAGGUGGUACAUUUAUUGUCACUUUGGGCACCUCCGAGAAGUCUGAGACCAUGAUGUGUCGUCUCUCCAACAACCACAGGUAUCUCUUCUUAGAUGGGGAGAGCCAUUUUGAGGUGGAGCUGUCUCGGAUCUCCAGUAUGCAGGUGUUGACAGAGGAGUCCACCCCCGAAGAGAAUGACAUACACACUUACACCAGUCUGCUGGACAGUCAGUAUAUCUCUGAAGGUGGAAACUGCAGGGCCAGUGGCAUGUUGCUCCACUACAAACCAAUGGGCUCUCAGGACCCCAAGCAGCUACGCAUGGAGGCAGCAGAGGACAAGAAAACCGCCUCUUCCUGGCUUGCUGCCAUGCACAAGGGUGCCAAACUGCUGUAUGAAGCUCGGGACCAGUGACUGGGUUAAAUGCGGAAGACACAUUUCAGUUGAAUGUAUUCAGUUGUACAACUGACUAGGUAUCCCCCUUUUCCCUUUCAUUGCAAAGAUGACUAGAGAGUGAGAUGGCAAAGACCAAGUGUUUUCCUUCCUACCCUUAAGUCUCUCAUUCUCUAAAUGCCGACAGCGCAUUUUAGCCACACGUCACUUGAACUAUUUGGCCAAUAACCCAUCCUAAUACUGCUAUCUAUGUAAUGCUAUAAUAGACAUAAGACACUUGGCAUAACCCUUUCCCUUCACCACCAUUAAUGUGACAAAUUACCUUAAAAGCAUUAUGGAGGGUCUGUGACACAUAGUUCAAGUGAAAUUUCUUUAUAUAUUCUGUCUAUGCUCUGCUUUCAGUGCAGACAGAUUAUUCACUGAUUCUAGUGAAAUGUACACUACCGGUCAAAAGUUUUAGAACACCUACUCAUUCAAGUGUUAAUCUUUAUUUGACUAUUUUCUACAUUGUAGAAUAAUAGUGAAGACAAACUAUGAAGUAACACCUAUGGAAUCAUGUAGUAACCAAAAAAGUGUUAAACAAAUCAACAUGUAUUUUAUGAGAUUCUUCAAAUAGCCACCCCUUUGCCUUGACGGCUUUGCACACUCUUGGCAUUCUCUUAACCAGCUUCACCUGGAAUGCUUUUCCAACAGUCUUGAAGGAGUUCCUACAUAUGCUGAGCACUUGUUGGCUGCUUUUCCUUCUCUGCAGUUCGAUUCAUCCCAAACCAUCUCAAUUUGGUUGAGAUCGGGGAAUUGUGGAGGCCAGGUCAUCUGAUGCAGCACUCAAUCACUUUCCUUGAUAAAAUAUCCCUUACACAGCCUGGAGGUGUGUUGGGUCAUUGUCCUGUUGAAAAACAAAUGAUAGUCCCACUAAGCCCAAACCAGAUGGGAUGGCGUAUCGCUGCAGAAUGCUGUGGUAGCCAUGCUGGUUAAGUGUACCUUGAACUCUAAAUAAAUCAGACGGUGUCACCAGCAAAGCACCCCCACACCAUAACACCACCUCCAUGUUUUACAGUGGGAAAUACACAUGCGGAGAUCAUCCGUUUACCCACAUCGCAUCUCAAAGACAUGAUGGUUUGAACCACAAAUCUCCAAUUUGGACUCCAGACCAAAAUACACAUUUCCACUGGUCUAAUGUCCAUUGCUCGUUUCUUGGCUCAAGCAAGUCUCUUCUUCUUAUUGGUAGUGGUUUCUUGGCAGCAAUUUGACCAUGAAGGCCUGUUUCACAGUCUCCUCUGAAGAGUUGAUGUUGAGAUGUGUCUGUUACUUGAACUCUGAAGCAUUUAUUUGGGCUGCAAUUUCUGAAGCUGGUAACUAAUGAACUUAUCCUCUGCAGCAGAGGUAACAUUGGGUCUUCCAUUCCUGUGGCGGUCCUCAUGCAAGCCAGUUUCAUCAUAGCGCUUGAUGGUUUUUGUGACUGCACUUGAAGAAACUUUCAAAGUUCUUGAAUUUUUGCGGAUUGACUGACAUGUCUUAAAGUAAUGAUGGACUGUUAUUUCUCUAUGCUUAUUUCAGCUGUUCUUGCCAUAAUAUGAACUUGGUCUUUAACCAAAUAGGGCUAUCUUCUGUAUGGCCCACCACCUUGUCAAAACACAACUGAUUGGCUCAAAUGCAUUAAGGAAAGAAAUUCCACAAAUUAACUUUUAACAAGGCACACUUGUUAAUUUAAAUGCAUUCCAGGUGACUACCUCAUGAAGCUGGUUGAGAGAAUGCCAAGAGUUUGCAAAGCUGUCAUCAAGGCAAAGGGUGGCUAUCUGAAGAAUUUCAAAUAUAAAAUGUUUUUAUUUAUUUAACACUUUUUGGGUUAUUGUAUUAUUCCAUAUGUGUUAUUUCAUAGUUGAUGUCUUAACUAUUAUUCUACAAUGUAGAAUAUAGUCAAAAUAAAGAAAAACCUUUGAAUGAGUAGGUGUUCUAAAACUUGACUGGUAGUGUACAUGUAUGUAUACUGUAUGUAUACACAGUUUAUGAAAUGCUUUAAAUGUAAUCCCAUCCAUUGGAUUUUUGUAUUAACUAUUUUGUUAAAUAUUCCUAUUUUAACACAACAUGCUGUGUAUGUACUUUUUACUGCUAAAGUAUUUAUAGUUUUUGUAGCACUUGUAUACUUUAAUUUUUUUCUUACAAGAUGACUUAAACAUUUUGUUCUCAUGUUGGCUUGCCUUGCUUAUAAAUGAAUUGCACAACCCCAACAAACUAGCCCUUUAAUAUAAGGGUAAACUGAAGUGUGAAGCAACACUUUCUCUUCAGUUUUGUUUGCUUAUAUCCAACUUAUAAUGCUUCAAAUACCAAACAAAAUACUUAAGAGGUUUCAUUUUUGACCAAAUCUAGAAAGUUACUGAUAUUCUAUGGUUUUACCUUUUUGAAUAAAAUGUCAAAUUUUUGUCCUGAGUACUGCUCACAUGUAGGCUACACUCCUUAAUCAAUUGUAUUAAUUUGGUAAAAGGCAUGUUGAAAUGUUUUUUCCUGGAUGUGCUUGAGGCAUUGUGUGUAAUGAAAUGGCAUUAAUAUGGUAAUUCACUUAAAGGACCUUUGGUAGUCCUUGCUUAGUUGACAAGGAUGUUAUCUAGGAUGCAUUUAUUAUUUGAAAUCGUGUAAUCUUUUAUACAUCCUUGCCCUAUGGUUCUGAAGUGAUCUACAUGCCUAUUUGAAUUCCCUGAUGCUGGACAUUGAAUCUGUUGCUGCAUCAUGCAGCAGUAUUUGAGAUGGUUAGACUCAAUUCUUUAUCUACAUUGUGUUCAUUCAAGUUGAAAUUUUGCACUAAAUGGCAUUGUCAAAUUGAUACAUUCAGCAGUUAUGAAGUACCACUGCACUUUAUGGUCUCCCUUUUUACAAUCACUGACCUAAUAGUAAUUCUAUUACCGUUUCUAAUUGUAUGUGUCAAUGUCCUCUUUUUAUUGUUAACUCAAUAAAUGAAAGUGUUUGUAAUGGUA